AUCUCUUUCUAAUGUUCUCUUUUCGAAAAAAUAGGAUAUGAGAGAGAUGGAAGAUACGUUUCCUAAUUAGAUAUUUUCCUAAAAUAGGAAUUUUCCUAGAAAUUUUCCCAAUAAUGGCCAUAAUAGUGAAAAAUCAAUGAUGGCAGAAUAAUAUUUCAUCAAAUAGCGGCUAAAAUAUAUGGGCAAAUAUUCAAAUACGAGUUCAGAUCAUUGAACUUGGUCGGAUAGGUUUUCUCUUUCUUUUCCCAGGUUCUGAAAAAUCUCAAGUUUAUAAAAAUAAAUAUGAAAGGCCUAAUUACACUCGGUACAGUCAGCAUAAUGAAUAUAAUUUUUGACCCCGUUUUGAGUUUGCGUUACCGUAUUCUAUUGCCGUUAGUUUUAUCCUAGACGGUCAUUUCUUCAGGUUAUCUUUGCGUUCACAGUGCGUCAAAUAGAAAACUCGGGAGAAAUCUGAAAAAUAUUGGGGAUUUUUUUAUGUGUAUUUUUUAAGACGAACGGUAUUGAUUUGCCUUAAAGGCUUGGCCCGGCGAAUAUACGGACUAUACUUGGUUUAUAGGGGUCUUACGCGGUUUCUAUUGGCUCACUGACUCAUAAAAAACUAAGGGACACAUUUUUGUUGGAAUUUUCCAAAUGACUGAACAUUUACAUACGCGUCUCCAAAUUUUGAGAAAAGGUCGAGUGAACUUUGUGUUGAAAUAUCUACGAAAACUGACGGAUUCGUGAAGUGCUGUGAAGAAACCAAUGUUUUUGUGUUUUUAAAGCCCAGUAAGCUAAGGAAUGAAGAAACAAUAGAGAAAAUACUGUGAAUAUCGAUUAUUUUUAUAAUUCCAAGAAUUUUUAGAGGACGUUUUUCGACGUUCAAUUAAGAAACAGACAUUCUACACUGUAAAUAUUCGUUGUUCCGAUAGUAUUGUUUGUAUUAAGAAACAUAACCAAGAAAAAAAAGCUCUACAAAAAUGUUACCCCAACAGUAUUGCCUGAGAUGGAGAUAUCACCACUCAAACUUGCAGACUAUGUUUUCCCAGUUGUUGGAACGAGAAGCUUUUUGUGAUGUUACAUUGGCGUGUGAAGGAAAGACCAUUAAAGCACAUAAAAUUGUCCUUUCGGCAUGCAGUACAUACUUCGAAACCAUUCUAUCCCAGUAUGAAGAAAAGGACCCUAUUCUAAUCAUGAAGGAUGUAAAGUAUGUCGAUAUUAAAUGUCUAGUGGAAUUCAUGUACAAAGGAGAGAUUAAUGUUGAACAUUGUCACCUAGCGACGCUGUUGAAAACAGCCGAAGAGCUUCGCAUCAAGGGUCUGGCGGAGGUGUCAUGGCGCGAGGACGAGCAAUCUGGGGGUCCUGGAGGGGAGAACGGCGUCCAGACGGCCAUCCCCCAGGUGCAGGCAGUGAUGCCUGCCAGCCCGGGGGCGGCUACGGGCAGCGGGGGGCCGCCCAAUAAGAGAAAGCGUGGACGGCCGCCCAUCGACGAUUACGAUCAGAGUUUCACACAUCCUAAGGUACAACACUCGACUGGAGAUGACGGUUAUUCAAAUGAUGCUAUGUCCAGUAGUGAACAUGACUUGAACAUGUGGGAGGAAGAGGCGGCAGAAAAUAUGGAGAACGUAGAACCCAGACUGAGUGUGAAGAGAGAAGUGACCGUUGAGGAAGAUGAAAUGACAAUGGAUGAACGAACCAAUAUCUCAUUCAGUUUAAUUAAUGACAGUAACAGCAAAGGGGCAAUGAACAAAUCAAAUGCUAGCACAUCCCAACCGACAUCAUUCCUAACACCUAGUAUAGAAAAGGAAUGGCCAGAUGUAGUAAAAAUGAACGACUACUUGAACACCGGAAGACGACAGCAAUUUUGGGAGGAACCUUUUACCAAGAGGGUCAUGGACGCUAUUAAAACAAAAAAUCUGGAAAUGAAAGUUGCGGCUGAAUUGUUGGGCGUGUCUUACGGAACUUUGUACGGAAGAUACAGGGAUUCGUAUGGAUGCCUGAAACAUCCAUAUAGUUCCAGAGUCCGCGACUUUUGGACAGAACAGGGCCCCACCGAUGUCCUGCUGAAGUUGAAACGCAAAGAGAUCACCUUAUUCCGAGCUGCCGAACAAUUGAAUGUUAACACCCCAAACGCUCUCUAACUACUUGAUUACCAUGUCACAAAUGGACACCUCCACGGAUUCCAAAGCAAACAUGAGGUUACGGGCUUCAGAAUCGUACGAAGAAGCAGGUGAAUCAGAAGAAGAAGUCGAUUCUAUCCUACCCGACACGCCAUCUACCAACAACACGAACGCCUUCAAGCACCUGAUUUCGUCGACGCCUUCUAACAGUACUCCCACCUCCUCGGCAGCGGCUGUCGCAGGGUUGUCGCGGGUUCCCGACCUCACUAUUGUCAAGCAGGAACAACCGGAUGGAGUUGGCAAGGUGAACAACAGCGAUCAUUCCGAAUCGAGCGGCGAAAAAAGCAAGUGAAACACUUUACAGCGCCAUCUGUUGACCGCCACCGGCGAGAAUAUAUUCCCACUGUUUAGUAUUUUAUACAGACCAAAGUAAUUUUGUACUGUCAUAUUUAGUUUAGUGUAAUUAUUAUUGUUAGGGAAAUACGGCCGAGCUCUUCGGCACUUUCCGUAAAUUUCCGUUGAAGAAAAAGAAGAAUGAAGACAGAGUGAGAGGAUUAGCGGUGUUUUUCGGAGGAUAAUACAAAUUUAGAUAUCUGUUAAUACAGAAUAAAUUAUUAGCACUUACGAUGUUUAGAGCUGCGAGAUAUUGGGGUCGCUCAUUCCUAAGAUCGGUCGAGUCUUGAGAAUGCUACAUUUUUCUUGGGAUUUUUUAUCAAGAUCCUAGAAUCCAGUGGGAUGUGGAGAUAUUUACAUUAGCGCUGGUGAUGUUAAAUAUUAAUGUCAGAUUAGCACGAAUGUGUAACAAUUUUUUUAGCCAAAACUGGUAUAUGGGUGAAUAUACGGUAUUUGGUAUUUCAAUGUUCCGCCAAAAAAUUAAGUUAAGCAAAUUGUGGAAAUAAAUCGUCCAAAUAGUGUAAAAUAUCAGGAUUUAUUUGAAACAGAUUAUGAAAUUAUGGUAACCAUUUACAUUAAGAUUUGGGCAAAAUGUGCUUGAAAAUUAACAAAAUGUACUACAGACUACAGAAGAAAGGGGUUGGCUUGCCAGCCUUAACGUCACUUGAGUCCAAGUUCCUUGACGUCCUGGGGGUCAAAAGUAUUGGACUCUAGAAUAGUCUGCCUGAGCUUCACAGUGACACAGAACGUGCGCCGAGGUCUCUUCCUCUACCCCGCAGCACUCACACAAGGGAUCCUCAGCCACACCAGCAACCUUAGCAUGAAACGUCCAUCCUUAGCACUAGGCCCUACAAUGAGUUCUCGUGCCUGACGGAGAUGUCUGGAGAUACUUCAUUUCUGAGAGUGUUGUCUUGCAAUCCACUUCUCUAUUGUCCUCCUAACUAUCUGCGCGGGCACUCCUAAAGCUGGCUCAGGUCCAACGAGCUUGCUGGCUGAUCCUUUCUUCAUCAGAGCGUCCGCCGUCUCAAUGUCCUUUAUCCCAGAGUGUCCCGGUACCCUCAUUAACGAUACCGGAUGCCUCGCUGCGAGACAAGGCUCUUAAUGCCUUUAUUGUAGCCUGGCUGUCGGAGGAUAUUGUUAUUCUUCUCCUAGGCUCUCCCCCUCCAAAAUGCGGGAUACACAAGCUAGAAUCUUAAAGAUUUUCGCCUGCAAAAUAGUGGUGAAUCCACCAAGAGUCAGAGAUAGUCUAGUUCUAGGCCCAGAGAAUCCGGCGCCAGAACUCGCUUCGGUGACCGAGCCGUCCGUGUACCAGACCUGCGAUUAGGCAGAUACCCUUUUGCCAGUGUUUCUAAUAAGUAUAUCUUUGUGAAUUUCAAUGGAUUACUGAAACUAUGUAAAAAACAACGAUUUUUGAAUAAAAAUGGCAUGAUAUAUGUAACUUUUUCGAGGUCAAUUGUUUUUUGACUAUUUUUUUUCUACAUUCUACUGUUUUAAUUGCUUUAUAAUUAAAAAUGUAAACAUUGAAAGCAAAGUCUGCGAUCCUCUAUCCAAACUCAAGUCUUGUUUCAAAACCGAUGAACUAUUGAAUUUACUUAGCUAAUGGUACUUAUCUAACGGUUAAAGUAACUUUUUCAUAGUUUAAAUGUCACCCCCCUGGCCCACAGAUCUAUCCCUGGUACCUAUAAAAACUGUCAAUCAAAUAUUAUCUGACUCUGUCAAAUAUGUAUCACAUAACGUAUAGUCUUGUGACAUAUCAAUAUGAAAACAGCUAUUUUUCUUAAUUGACACUGUAAAUCAAAAGAACGUAUAUUCACCCAUAUAUAUUAUUUUUUCGCCGAAGUCAAUGACUCUCGAAAUUUUUUGCUCCUCUAUACCUUCAGGCGAAUUUAAGUAAAACCUUGGGUGCCAUCUUACCAUUCUAAGGAUCUAAGGUGUUAGACCUGAGCCUUGACUGCUUGUAGUACUCCAGAGCGCCGCAGGGUAGGUGGCGUCUAAAUGUGUUGUGGUCAAACAUCAGUCUUACCAGCAACCUUAACAGAAAUGAAAGCGAUCAGGAGUGUCAGAUUUCGAUCGAUCUUAGUUGAAAAUACAAAUGGAUAGAAAUCUAAACUAUUCGAAAUAUGCAUACAACUGUGUAUUCUAGUAUUGACGUAGGUUAAGUAUAUCUAACAUUCCUUCAUUGAAAGUAAGUAUAUUUUUGAUGAUUCUAAGAUUAUGACAGUAUAUUUAUAUGAAUGCAUUGCAUGACAAGUUUCAGGCAUCGGUGUAUUUUGAAUCUGCCACACGACCGACAUUAGCGUCAAAAAUGUAUAUAUGGUACAACUUGAAUACAGAUUCUUACUAGUCACUAUCCAAAAUUAUUAUUCAUUGGUAGAUAGGAUAAUUGUCAAUAGUAGCAACUUCAAUUAAAAAAUGCGAAACGAACGGAUUUUUCGUUACAAACAGAUGCACCCAGCAUAUUUGAUCCAGAUCCUAGCUCAUACACACUAAUAUGAACGUAUAAUGGAAAUACAAAGAACUACUUAGGUGCAAUUUUUGAAAAGUACAUGGUAGUAUUCUCUAAAGAAUGAGUGUAUUAUGAACAAACUCUAUGAAAUAGAUUUAAAUGAAUUCUGAAUAUUGACUUUGACUAAAGUUAUUCAUGUUUCAGCGGGUAGCUAUUUCGUAGUAUCAAAUUCAAAGACUGGCUAGGGUUUAAGUAAAGGUGCUGGGUCUAAGUAAGUUUUACAGUGAUUACUUGUGUUGUAUAUUAAACUGAUACAAAAUUAUUCUUGUUGGAAUAAUGAUAAAAAAAGGUCGCCUGCUGUUAAAUAGGUACAGGAUUGACAGCCUUUCAAAGUCAGUAUUCAGGCUUCAUAAAUUACACUCAAAAUUAAUGUAUAUAUGAAAAGAGAGAUUCAUAUUUUUCACUACGAUGUCUUAAGGUGACAUUUAUAGAUGUUCCUUGAGGAUUGAGUGAGAACUGACAAUAAUGCUACCUUGAGGAACAUUCAAAAAAUGAUUUGCAAUUACAUUUUGCAGUAGUUUGUAACAAUUGUUAUCACAGGUUUUCGAAGUUUGGGGA